GGAAAAUCUGUUGACCAUUGGCAUAAGAGUAAAAGAUGUACAUGAUCACAUCCUUUCCCUUAGAAUAUAUUUAAAAUACCCUAUAAAUACCCCAUUUCUGUAACAUAUACCUUCAACACAGAAACAUUGAGUAUCUAGUAAUGGAGAUCCCUGUGAUAGAUUUCAGUGAGCUCAAUGGAGACAAGAGGGGUGACACAAUGACGCUAUUGCACAAAGCUUGUGAGCAAUGGGGCUUCUUUAUGGUUGAGAACCAUGAAAUUGACACACAAUUGAUGGAGAAGGUGAAGCAGUUGAUCAACACAUACUAUGAGGAAAACCUGAAGGAAAGCUUCUACCAAUCUGAGAUAGCAAAGAGGUUGGAGAAACAAGAGAAUGCUUCUGAUAUAGAUUGGGAAAGUUCCUUCUUCGUUUGGCAUCGACCCACUUCCAGCAUCAAUGAAAUUCCUAACAUCUCUCAGGAACUUUGGCACGCAAUGGAUGAGUACGUUGAACAACUGGUGAAGGUGGGAGAGAAGCUAUCUGAGGUGAUGAGUGAAAAUCUUGGUCUGCAGAAGGAUUACAUGAAGAAAGCAUUCUCUGGAAGUGAUGGUGAUGGUCCUGCUAUGGGAACAAAAGUGGCAAAGUACCCUAAAUGUCCACGUCCAGAACUUGUGAGGGGACUCAGAGAACACACAGAUGCUGGUGGCAUCAUUCUACUGCUCCAAGAUGACAGAGUGCCGGGUCUAGAAUUCUUCAAAGAUGGCAAAUGGGUGAAGAUUCCACCCUCCAAGAACAAUGCCAUUUUUGUCAACACGGGUGAUCAAGUGGAAGUGUUGAGCAAUGGCAUAUACAAAAGUGUGGUGCAUAGAGUCAUGCCUGACAAGAAUGGAAGCAGAAUCUCCAUUGCCACCUUUUACAACCCCAUUCGAGAAGCCAUUAUUUCACCUGCUCCUAAGCUCUUGUACCCAACCAACUUCCUUUAUGGUGACUAUCUCAAGCUCUACGGCAGCACCAAGUUUGGUGAAAAGGGUCCUCGAUUUGAAACCAUGAAGAACACGAUCAAUGGAAAUAUUCUGGCUUGAAAGUUGAAACUUUUAAGACCCUCUCAGUGUUUAACCCUCUGGGGUUGCUAAAAUUACUACUAUAUAAGACACUUACUUUUGUCAUACAAAUAUUUCUUUUCUUUCCUGUUUGGUGUAUGGCUUUCGCCUCUAUAAGUAUCAAAUAGAUACCUGUA